AUGGCGAAGAAGGAGAAGAAAGAGAAGAAAGAGAAGAAGGAGAAACGCUCCAAGGAACUCCCGCCCCACAUCGAGACGAACCGGACGCACAUGACUUGCGGCGCGGAGCAAAACCUGCACACGAGCACGCACACCUCCGCCCACCAGUACCGGGCGCUCGGCGUGGACAACUCCUGGGAUCUGGAGGAAUUCAAGGAAGGGCUCGAGGUGCACAUCCGGGAAAUGGACGACGAGUCGAUGACGUUUGACUUGGUUGGCGUGGACCCUGCCGUGGCGAACGCGCUGCGGCGGAUCAUGAUCGCGGAGGUUCCCACGAUGGCGAUCGAGCACGUCUUCUUCGUGAACAACACCUCGAUCGUCCACGACGAGGUGCUCGCGCACCGGCUGGGGCUGAUCCCUAUUGCUGCCGACCCCGCAAAGUUCUCCAGCAAGGCGACGGAGGACAAGGCGAACGAGACGAACACGCUGGUGUUCAAGCUCCACCAGCGCGGCACGAGGGGCGCCGGCGACGAGGGCGCAGACGGGUCGGCGCAGCACGUCACCAGCGACAUGCUGCAGUGGCUCCCCGAGGGCAGCGAGAUGCCGCACGACACCUCCUGCGUGUUCGCGAAGUCCCAGCAGGACGAGUUCGAGCAGCCGCCGGGCCCCGUGCAGCCCAACAUCCUCGUGGCCAAGCUGGCGCCCGGACAGGAGAUUCACUGCGAGAUGCACUGCAUCAAGGGCAUCGGGAAGGAGCACGCAAAGUGGUCGCCCGUGGCCACAGCGUGGUACAGGCUGCUUCCGGAGGUCGCGAUCCUGCGGCCCAAAGAGCUCAACGGCACGGAGGAGGGCGAGAGGCUGGUGCGGGAGUGUCCGGGGCUGUUUGCGAUGGAGAGGGGCGUGCUGGCGGCGCGCGACCCGAUGGAGAACGAGAACGAGUUGGAGAAGUUCCGCCGGCUGACGGGGGAGGACUGGCUGAAGGGCAAGGCUGUUCUCCGCAAGGCGAAGGACCACUUUGUCUUCACCGUGGAAAGCACGGGCGCGCUCAAGCCGUGGGACAUCUUCCGGCAGUCCAUCGAGAUCCUCCAGGGGAAGAUCGACGCAACGCUGCAGAAACUGUAG